GAGAGAAAAUCGGUAUUUCCUUUUCUUUCUGUCUUCACAGUCCCCACUUACAGUGGAGCGAAAAAAAAAAAAGUUUGUGAGAGAGAGGGGAGAAAGGAAAGCAGAAAGAAAGGAAAGGAAAGGAAGCAAUUAAGAAAGUGAGCAUAUCAUAAAAAACCAUUCAAGAAGAAGCGAGAAAGAAGGGAUUUUUGAGAUCUAGGGUUUCAGAAAGAAACAAUGGCUAGUUCUGAGAGGGAGAGAUUAGCUAUUACACUCAGUAGUACAAUACCUGGAUCACCAAUUUCUAGGGUUUUAGAUAUAAGAACAGCUACAACAACAACCACAACGUCUAGCUCAAUGAAUGUUAAAAGCCCUUUAACUGAUGAGAAAAUUUGGAUGCGUCUUCGUGAAGCAGGGUUUGAUGAAGAAUCUAUUAAAAGAAGAGAUAAAGCUGCUCUCAUUGCUUAUAUUGCUAAGCUUGAAUCUGAGGUGUAUGACUAUCAACACCACAUGGGUCUGCUUUUGUUGGAAAGAAAAGAUUGGACUUCCAAAUAUGAGGAAGUUAAAGCUUCUGCUGAUACUGCUGAGAUAAAACAUAAAAUUGAUCGAGCAGCACAUUUAUCUGCUUUGGCUGAAGCAAGGAAAAGAGAGGAGAGUCUGAAAAAGGAUUUAGGAAUUGCGAAAGAGUGCAUAACAAAUAUGGAGAAAACAGUACAUGAAAAGCGAAUUGAAUCUGCAGAAGCAAAGGUUGAAGCAGAGGGUAAAAUGGUUGAAGCGUGCAGUAUGUUUGAAGCUGCACUGAAGAAGUUUGCUGAGGCUGAGGCGAAGUUUCAUGCAGCAGAGUCUCUAGAAGCAGAAGCCAGCCGAUACCGUCGUUCUGCAGAGAGAAAGUUGCAAGAAGUUGAAGAACGCGAAGACGAACGUAGGAGACGUCUACUGACAUUCAAAUCCCAGUGUGAUGCCAAAGAGAAAGAAAUUAGUCUCGAAAGACAAUCUUUAUCUGAACGUCAAAAGGCAUUGCAGCUGGGACAAGAGAGGCUGCUUGAAUCACAGGCCCUGCUAAACCAGCGGGAGGAAUAUAUCUCUGAAAAGUCUAGAGAGUUGAGUUUGUUCGAGAAAGAGUUAGAAGCCACAGAAGCGAAGAUUAAGAAAGAAUCCAGAGCUCUAAGUGAGGAAAAAUCGGGAUUGGACCUUAAGUUGUCUGCCCUUUCAACAAGAGAGAAGGCCAUUCUUCAAAAAGAAGCACAACUCAGCAAGAAAGAACAGGAGUUACUCAUCCAACAAAAAAAUCUUGCUACCAAAGAAUAUGAAGAGAAACAGAAGCUUAUUGUUGAACACAAAGCUGCUUUAGAAAUAAAGAAGUCUGAUUUUGAAGCAGAGCUGGAAGGGAGACGCAGAUCAAUGGAGAGUGAAAUGGAGACGAAAAGAAGAGCUUGUGAGUUGAGAGAGGUUGAUCUCGUUCAGAGAGAGGAAUCCAUCCAAGAAAAGGAACAUGAACUAGAAGUACAGCUAAAAGCAUUGGUGGAAAAGGAAAGGGAUGUUACAGAGAGAUUGAACUCAGUGCAAGUGAGGGAGGAAAGUCUUAUUGCUGCUGAAAAAGCUAUGACAUUAGAGAAGUUUCAUGUGCAGAAAGAAAAAGAUGAAGUUACUAAUACACAGCUAGAGCUUCAGAAGUCUAUGCCUUUACUGGAGAACAAAAGGAAAGAAAUUGAGGAAGCACAAGAGAAAUUGGAAGCUGCCAAACGGGAAAGCCAAGAGCUGCUGGUAUUAGAAAUCAAACUCAAAGAAGAAAUUGAUAAUAUUAGGGCUCAAAAAACUGAACUUAUGGCAGAAGCUGAUCGAUUGGUAGCUGAAAAGUCAAAGUUCGAAACUGAGUGGGAGUUGAUUGAUGAGAAAAGAGAGCAGCUAAAGCGAGAAGCAGAACUCGUUGCUGAGGAGAGAAGAGCUGUUUCUAAGCUUCUUAAAGAUGAACGUGAUAAUUUGAAAUUACAGAAAGAAGAAUUGAGGGAGCAGUUUAAGAAAGAAAGUGAAUCUAUUGCCUGUGAACGGGAGGCAUUUAUCCGUAAAAUGGAUCUUGAACAUUCUGAAUGGUUUAGCAAGAUUCAGCAGGAGCGGUCCAACUUUGUAUCCGAUAUUGAGAUGCAAAAGAGGGAGUUGGAGAACUGUGUUGAGAAAAGACGCGAGGAAAUAGAAAGUCACCUAAGGGAAAAGGAGGAAGCAUUUGAGGAAGAGAAGAAAAAAGAGCGGCUAUAUAUAAAUUCAUUGAAAGAAGAAGUUGCUAAAGAACAAAAACAAGUUGCAAUGGAAAUGAGAAAGUUUGAGAAGGAAAGGAAAGAAUUUUUGUUGGAAAGAAAAAGGAGCGAGAAUGAGCGGGCUGAUUUAAAGAAAUCCAUUGAAGAGCUUCAAAUCCAAAGGGAGAAGCUAAAGGAGCAACGCGAGCUACUCCAUGCAGAUAGAGAAAGAAUAACUCUUCAGGUCCAACAACUUCAACAUCUAGAAGAUCUCAAAUUAGCCUCGGAAGAUGCUGUUCACACGGAGUUACAUCAAGCGAAUCCGAAUUAUGGUAGAAGAAAGCUAGCUAAAGAAUGUUCUAAUGUGCAAACCGCUGGACAAGAUGUUGAGCUCAAGUCACAUAAUCCAGAAAAAACACCAGAUGCUAACCCUCCUAGCACCACCCCAUUUUCCUGGAUCCGUCGAUGUGCCAAACUAAUAUUUGAACCUUCUCCUGGACAUGAAGAAAGCUCACUGGUAAAUUACGAAGAUGCUAAGUUGUCAGAGGACAACUUUUCUAUGGACGCUGGCCAAAAAUUGUCCAAGGGGAAGGACGGGGCAUUAAUGAAAAGUAGGCGUGGGCCAAUGAGAUAUGUGACUGAGAAGCCAGGGUUGAUGCUUGCAGUGCCUUCACUUGAUGAGAAGGCAAAGAGUACGUAUAAUUUCAAAUCUGGGAUCGAAGCACAUGUCACUGAAAGUGUCUCUUACUCUGAACAAGAGUAUAUGGUGGGAAGAAAAAGACUAAAUGACUCUUCCUCUUGCGAUGACGCUGUCACUCCGUUGAAUCAAACGCAAAACUAUAAGAAAAGGAGACAACACAGAGAUGAUCUCAAGACUCCAGUUGAGGAAUCUACUUAUAACUGUGCGGUUUCAACAACAACACUUCCAGCAGAAAAUGAAGAUGGUAUAACUUCAUCACUUGAGAACCAGGGAGACCAAGACCAAGCUGGUAAUCUGGUAGAAGGUAACCGUAAUAUCCCAGAUUCUACGACUGAGAAUCAAGGCACUGACAUCUCCUUCGAACAUGCCAAACUAGAUUCUCUGAAGGGAUCCAUUUCAGUUUUGGUCCAGGGUAACAUUCAAGCGACGGAUUCGGAUGAAUAUGGGAGAAGCAAUGGUGUAAAGUAUCAUGAUACAAAAGAACCUAGGCAGGUAGAUGUGUAAAUGGUGUUGUUCUAUGGUUGUAUGAUAUUUUUAGUUUAGGUAAAGUUUUAGAUAAGUUUUCUGUCCUCAAUCAUAAUACUGUGUUUGUUCUUGUGGUGAGUUGAUAUAUUUGGGGAAUGUCUUGACAUUUUAACAGCCUCAUAAGUUUUUAACUUGUUUCAGUCUUUCGAACUUUAACUACAUGGAAGUAACUGAUAGCGGAAAAUGCCACUUGUAUAUUCUGAGGCUGACAGGAAUGAAAGACUGGGUUUCUUUGAUUA